ACCUGGAACAGGACUGGCGUCAUCAUGGCGAACCUGUCGCACGUCAACAGCGAGGCGAGUAACAUCAGCAAAGACGGUGUCCAGUACCACGAAGAAAUCAUGGACGAUGGCGAUGCGCAUGCACAACAGCGCACGGUUGGCGGCCCGUCCACGGGAACUCAAGAAGUAGGGAGUGGUGGAGUUGAUACCCCUAGUACGGAUGCGAACGGCGUAGCGCAACACGGUGCGACCGGCGCGACAAAUCAAGAGCGAGGUUCAAGAUGGUGGAACUUGAGGAAAAAGAGAAACGACAGACACCAUGGUCAUUAUAAGGUGUACAAGAGAAGAUGGUUUGGGCUGACGCAGUUGGUGCUCUUGAACGUUGUUAUCUCCUGGGAUUGGUUGACCUUCGCACCCGUUUCAACGACAGCGGCAGAUUACUUCAAAGUGAGCGAGUCUGCGAUCAAUUGGUUGAGCACAAGCUUCAUGUUUGCGUUUCUGGUUGCAACACCAGUGGUCAUAUGGACUCUGAACCGUAACCCAAAAAUCUCAAUCGUAUUUGCAUCAGUUCUCGUCCUGUUGGGCAAUUGGAUUCGAUAUGCAGGCACACGAGCAACCGGCGGUCACUUUGGCGUCGUCAUGUUCGGACAGAUCCUGACUGGGCUGGCCCAGGCGUUCGUGCUCGCAGCGCCAACGCGGUAUUCUGAUAUCUGGUUCACCGAGUCAGGGAGAGUGAGCGCGACAGCGAUAGCGUCUUUAGCGAAUCCAUUGGGUGGAGCUCUCGCUCAACUCAUAAACCCCUUCCUCGGCUCCUCUGUCCCUAACCUGGUGCUUUACGUCUCUAUUAUCUCCACCGUAGCAACUAUCCCCUCGUUCUUUAUUCCGCGACUCCCACCUACACCCCCAUCCGCCUCCGCCAACAUACCCAGAACACCCAUCCUUCCCUCGAUCCGCGCCAUUCUGCGCUCGCCACCAGCCUACGUCGUUGCACUGACGUUUGCUACUUACGUUGGUCUCUUCAACGCUUUCUCGUCACUUAUCAACCAAAUCUUAUACCCGUACGGCUACACAGAGGAUGAGGCCGGCAUCUGCGGAGCGGUCCUGAUUGUGGUUGGUCUAGUUUCUGCCGCGAUCCUCAGCCCUGUGUUUGACCGUACGCACGCGUACGUCACGGGUAUCAAAAUCCUGUGCACGCUUGUAUCGGUAUCAUAUCUGAGUUUGAUCUGGGCACCUCAGACACGUAGUAUCGCGGCGCCGUACGUACUAAGCGCCAUCACCGGCGCUGCAUCGUUCUCAGUACUACCGAUUGCGCUUGAGUAUCUGGUUGAGAUUACGUUUCCAGCGAGUCCGGAAGUGGGGUCCACCAUCAUCUGGGCUUGCGGCCAGCUGUUUGGCGGUAUAUUCAUCGUCAUCAUGAACGCUUUGAAGGACCAGCGACCGGUUGAUCUGAAGCGCGUUAGGGAGAUGGGGAGGGGUCAGGGCGGAAGUAGUAGACCACCAGGAAACAUGUAUAAUGCGUUGGUAUUCCAGGGAGUGAUCGCGAUGGUCGUGUUACCAUUCCCACUGGCACUGGGUAUCAAGCGAUUAGGAUUGGCACAUGGGCGAGGACGGUUGGAGAUGGAUGAACAAAGCAUACAGGGCGAAGAAGCCCGCGCGCAGGAGUAG